UAAAACAUCAUUUGUUUAUUUUUUAAUUAAAUCAGAUUUUUACGAAAGUUAAACUAUCCUUAAAUUUAAAUAAGCUCCUCCUCCUCCGCUGAAAACCCGUUUGCACUCUCUGCCUUCUUCGCUGCAUUUCCAGCAGUAGCACAAGCACUUUACCACCAGCGCCACAAAAGCCAUGGAAUUGGACGCCCAUCAUCUUUAUUACAAUUCGAAUAGAAACCCAAUGGCAAAAUUUUAGGUUCGCUCUUAUCUCCUCAACUGACAGCUUUCCUAACAAUUUCUUUCUUUUUCUGUCCAUUUAUCUUUGUUCUUGGAUAUCCUUUUAAUUUCUGUCGUUCUCUCUUUUCCCUUUUUAGUGUUUUCUCUUAUUAAUAAUCAGCCAUUGGAUGCUUGGAUUACCAUUACAAUUGCUUUGUGUGUGUUUUGCGUCUAUGCACAUAAGAUGUUUGAUGUUUUUUCUAGCAGUCAAAAAAUGUAGUGCAAAUUAUGUAUUUGUUCUUGGAAUUUAUUUUUUAAUAAUGAUCCUAUUGGGAUUCCCUGCUUCUGUAAUCUCAUUAUUCAUAAGAAGCGAAAACAGCUUGUUUCCCUCUGUGUUGCGCGCUUGCUUUUAUUUUGUGCAUUGUGACUAAAUCUUAACUGAUUUGAUGGGAUUCUGGGAUAUGUGAAUUCGGGCUCUGACUGGGUGGUGGAAAUGAGCUCAUGUGGUGCUUUUACAGAGGAGAGAGUAUUUAUUGGGGUUGCCACCCAGCAAGGGCUUCUUUUAGUCAUUAUGGAAUUUUCUGUGUUAAGUUUAACAGCUUUGAAUGACGAAGGAUCCUUUAGGGAUUUAGGUAUAAGUGAGAGAUUUAAUAUGAUAGGAGCGAACCUUCAGGAUUGAUUAUGGCUUGUUACAAAUAUGUAACAUAUUGAUAUAGAAUCACGCUUUGUAUGUAUCUGUUUCAAUUUUAGCUAUCGGUGAGCUGGUGCACAAACAGAACUAAACACAAAUGAGAAACUUAUGCGUGUCAAUUUUGUAAAGAACUUGUUACCUAAAUAGAGAUCUUACCAAUUUUCCAGUUACUGUUUCAUUGAAGUAGGUUGAUCGCAUAACACCACAGAAGGGUCAAGGUCAAGCAGAAAACUUUGCAAUUCCUGUUUCAAGUAUGUUGAGUAAGCAACAACUGGAACAAAGGUUAAUGCUUCAGUUAUUUAUGUUCCCUACCAUUUGCUGCUGCAGCUGUUAUGGAGGCAAUGGUAACUGAGUUGAGUUUUAUUGUCUGCAUUAGAGGGAAUCACUUAGCGUUAUCUGGCGCUAGUAUCCAAUUGGAGAAAAGGAAAAACCUUUAUACUCUUCUUCUAGUCCACUUGUCCUGAAAUACAGAAAAGCAUGCAGGCACUAGCUCUUUUGAGGCAUCGCCGGUUCUCACAAACAAUUAAUCAAACACUUUUUAUCCCCUCUUUAUCUGUCUAUCAAACACCUUAUACUUGCUUCAACUUUCUAAAUACCCACACAAUUGAUAAAUUUCCCAAGAAAAGCUUAGACCCAGAAGGACCGAAGUGCUUAUCUUCGAGAAUUGAGAAACUUCCAAGAGGAGAAUCAGUUGGAUAUGCCUUUCAAAGCUGGAUGGGCGAGGGUUUUCCCAUUCAUCGAGGUGACGUUUUUCACACUAUUAAUCGCUUAAGGAAGCUCAGAUUAAACAAACGCGCACUUGAGGUGAUGGAAUGGGUAGUAAGGGAGAGGCCCUACAGGCUCAAGGAACUAGACUACUCUUAUUUGUUGGAAUUCACAACCAAACAUCAUGGGAUAUCACAUGGCGAAAAGCUCUUCUUGCAUGUCCCGUCUGAGUUUCAGAAUGAGUUGCUGUAUAACAAUCUUGUAAUUUCAUGCUUGGAAAAAGGUGUCAUUAGGCUUUCACUUGAUUACAUGAAGAAAAUGAGGGAACAAGGUCAUCCCAUUUCAUAUUUGAUUUUCAACCGCCUUAUAAUCCUCCAUUCCUCACCUGGCAGUAGGAAAAUGAUCCCGAAAAUCCUUGCUCAAAUGAGGGCUGAUAAGGUGGUUCCCCAUGUUUCAACAUAUAAUAUCCUGAUGAAGAUUGAAGCAAAUGAACAUAAUAUUGAUGGGUUAGUGAAGGUAUUUAAUGAUAUGAAGAGAUUUAAAGUUGAGCCGAAUGAAGUAUCUUUCUGCAUAUUAGCUACCGCGCAUGCAGCGGCAAGGUUGUAUACUGUGGCUGAAGCAUAUGUUGAAGCUGUGGAGAAGUCAUGUAGCGGAGACAACUGGUCAACACUUGAUGUUUUGAUCAUAUUGUACGGACAUUUAGGAAAGGAGAAGGAACUAGAAAGAACUUGGGGCAUUGUACUAGAACUGCCUCAUGUUAGGUCUAAAAGUUACAUGGUUGCAAUUGAAGCAUAUGGUAAAAUUGGACAGCUUAGCCGAGCUGAAGAGCUUUGGUUAGAGAUGAAGUCAAUACAUGGGUUGAGAUCAACUGAGCAGUUCAAUUCCAUGUUAUCCGUGUAUUGUAAACAUGGGCUUAUUAAGAAAGCAACUGGGAAUUUUAGGGAAAUGGAGAUCAAUGGGUGCAAAGCAAAUUCCAUAACUUUUCGACAUCUUGCAUUGGGUUGUUUAAAGGCUAACUUGGUGGAGGAAGCCUUAAAGACUCUAGAAAUGGGGAAAAACUUGACAACAAGCAAUAGGGUAAAGAAUUCAACCCCAUGGUUGGAGACUACUCUAUCAAUAAUUGAACUUUUUGCAGAAAAGGGUGAUGUAGUUAACGUUGAGAAGUUGUUUGAAGAACUUGCGAAAGCAAAGUACACAAGGCAUACAUUUGUAUUCAAUAUUUUAAUAAAGGCUUACGUGAAAGCCAAGAUUUACAGUCCAAAUCUCUUGAGAAGGAUGAUUUUAGGGGGUGCUAGGCCAGAUGCUGAGACAUAUAGCCUGAUCAAACUUGCCGAGCAGUUUCGACCCUGAUUUUGAUAUGCUCAAAAAGAAUUGACAACAAGCAAUAGGGUAAAGAAUUCAACCCAGUGGUUGGAGACUACUCUUUUAGUAAUUGAUUUUUUUGCAGAAAAGGGUGAUGUAGUUAAUGCUGAGGAGUUUGAAGAACUCACAAAAACAAAGUACACAAGGGAUGCUUUUGUAUUGAAUAUCUUAAUAAAGGCUUAUGUGAAAGCCAACAAUCCAAAUCUCUUGAGAAGGAUAUUUUAGGGGGUGCUACCUCAGAUGCUGAGACAUAUAGCCUGAUGACAGUUUCGACCUGAUUCUGUGACCGUCAGAAGAUUUCAUUGACGACAGUAUGACAUAAAGGAAUAGUCCAGUGGUGGUGGAGAGAUAAAACAAGAAGUCAAUAAUGCUAAGGGACGGUGGUGCAAGUGAUGACUCCGAAUAUUUUUUUUGAAGGUCGGAUCAUUCAUAAAGUUGCAGCUAUAGCCAACUUACCAGGGUGCUGCCUGCUGCUAUGAUGCUUCUACCAUGUUUUCUGCAGUUGGAGGCCGUCUGAUCCUCUCGAUGGGGCUGUGAUAUGAUUGUGGGCUGCAAUUACUGCUGUUUCCUGUGUUUUUCAUCACCACAAGUGCUCUGAGCUGCUGCUAUUGCAAUUAUUUAUUUGUUGCUGCCGAAAUUUUGUUGUUGCUAUGUUCUCUUCUACAAGGGGAACUUAAUGGUUCUAAUCUGCUUUGAUAGCUACCUGUGGUUUUCUGCUCUCAUUGAUAUUAUGGUUCGUCUAAUUUCUUCUGGAAUUCUUUCACCCAGUUUUGCUUCUCGUAAUAAAAAUUAUGUUUUGUUUCU